GAAUGCUGUAUUGGCCCCUUCACUUUCGUCAAUCGGCUUGCCAAUGGAGAAUCUCAUUCGAUCUCACCUGCAAAUGCUCGAACUGCUGCCGGGAAAGUACGCAGAAAACUGCGACGGAUGGACGUGCAACAGCGGAACCGAAAACUCCUACGAAAGUCAAACGGUUACAAUGCAAGCACCAAUACAAGAGGGCAUAGUGCACUCUCCGUACAAGCACUCUCAGACAGUGCUGUUGUCAUUUGUUGAAUUCCUCACUGAAAAACUUCGACACCACGGAAACAGAAUUGCACUGACCUAUGGAGAGAGGAACCUCACCUAUAAAGAACUUCUGAAGAAAUUUCGCUGCUGCGCCGCUGUGUUUCAAGCUCACAACGUUGGUCCUGGCGACAAAGUCUACUGCCAUUUCGGAAACAGCAUCGAAGCUUUUGUGGCGCUCUACAGUAUCUGCUUUACCGGGGCUACCGUUGUCUUGAGCGAUCCAGAAUACAAAAAAGGAGAGGUUCAACAGCACCUGAAAAGCUGUGACGCGACUCAUGUGGUGACGGACCUUCGUCAUUCAUUCAAGUUCAGUCCUGGAGAUCAAGAGAAUAAAAUAAAGGCACAUUUUUCUGUCGAGGACGUGCCUGGAUUCAUUUCAAUUUCCAACUUGGGCACAUAUAAUGAAGAGGAUUACCAAGAGGUCAGAAGGUGUCCAGGACGCGUCCUCGUCAUGGCGUCCACCUCUGGAACCACCGGUCAAUCCAAGAUCGUUCAAGUCACAGAGGAGCGAUUUCUUCGAAACGUCUGCGGAAUGGAAGUUACCGGCCUGUACAGCGCGGACGACGUCUGUCUGGCUUGCGAAUACCUCAACAUUUACCUGUCCUUUUCCUUCAACUUCAAGUUCAUAUGCUGUGGUGUCCGCUUGGUGAUCAGUGACAAGUAUUGGUCGGUGGACGACUUUCUUUCCACGGCCAAAAACGAAAAGGUGUCCCUUCUUAUGACGACACCUUCGGUGCUGUAUCUACUGGCAAGCGCAGUCGCGGCUUCGGGGGCGAGGCUUCCUUCAUUGAGGAAGGUGAUCAGCUUAGGUGCAACUCUGCCGAAGAGCACCGCAGGGCUCGUGGUCUCGAUGCUGAAGCCUACGGAAUUCAGGAACGUCUACGGCCUGUCUGAGGCGAGUGGAGUCGUCUGCUGCGCCCCAGCUGGUCAGUUAUGCUUCGAAAGCGUGGGCUUUCCAGUUGCUGACACAGAGGUGAAGAUUCUUGAUCCCAAGACCAAGAGAACGAUGCCUCCGCUUGUACAUGGUGAAAUUAUGGUGCGCUCACCGAACAUCAUGGCCUGUUACUACAAUGACGGCGAGGCAACAGCUGCUGCUGUCGACGCUGACGGCUGGCUGCGCACAGGGGACAUGGGCUACUACGAUGUCUCUGGCCGGGUGUUUGUGACCGACCGGCUGAAGAGCGUCAUCAAGUGUUUCGACACCAAGGUGGAGCCCUUCGAGGUGGAGCAAUGUGUUCUUGAGCUUCACUUUGUGGCCGAAGUAGCCGUACUCGGUGUGGCGCACCCGGUGCUCAGAGAGGCACCGGCCGCCAUUGUUGUCCUGCGGCCAAAAUGGAAGGCGGAGAAGAAGGGUCACAUUGCACAGCUGAUCAAAGAGCACGUGGCAGAGAGAUUGGCUGUUUACAAGGGACUACAUGGUGGGAUUGUUUUCGCUGAAGAGCUGCCCAAGAGCACAAGAGGCAAAGUGCUGAAGUGCCAUCUUAUGACCGAGUUUGUAAAGCUUAAGAAGGACGGAGCAUUUUAUUGAAUGCUGUCGAGGACAUGCAUGUUUGUUCUUAUCUACUUUAUUCGCAAGUCAACGGUAAUACAGCAUUGAAAUACCAUAACAUGAAUAAAAACUGAUGAUUAUAU